GUUUGCGGUGGUCGGUUAUUUAAUCAGUGUUUUGGACGGCAAGCUGCAGAGUCAUGUGUUUGAGUGAGAGUUCAGUGUGAGUGCUUCAUCUGUUGUGUCUCCAUCACGAGAUGCGUCUGUUCAUCGCAGCUGUUGUCCUGUGGGCUGUCUCAGCUACAGAGGGGAAAGCAGUUCCUUCUCCUCCAGAUUUUGGGAGCAGCUAUCAUGUCAAAGGAGUGAUCUCUCUGCCCUACGCUGAGAUCAAGGAGCCAUUUGAGGCCUGGUUGGAUGCAGCAGCAAAGUCCAGCCGCAUAGACUACUACCAUGGCCAGGUGUCAACCUACCAGCUGGGGGCGGAGCCACAGUGGGGCGUUGCCUAUAAAAUCACUCCAGAGACCACAGAGACGGAGCUGAAUGUGAUGAAGUGUUUCCAGUCCAAUGGAACAAAGGACGAAGCAGUCACAGCGCAGGCGUCGCUGCCUGACGUGCAGGGCUUCCAGUUCCUGAGGAUGGAGUACUAUGGAGGCUCCCUAUGUGAAGUCUGGCAGAAUGUCACCACUGUGGGUUACAAGAAGAACACGUACACACUGUGGGUGACCCACUCAGAGAGAGGUGGUGACAGCAGGGACGACCCUGCCGUACCCCUCCACUAUGAGAUGAUGGGCUACAACACGCUGCUGGGCUCACAUUACGACAAGUACCUGGUGGAUUACAAAGAGUUCAGCACUCACGUGGACCCUAAAGUCUUCUCUCUGCCUGAAGGGAUGAGCUGUGGGCCAUUUCCUGGUCCGGGAGUGGAGCACCACAUGUUGGCCAAUCCGAUGAAAGAUCUCAUCCACACAUCAGCAUCAGGCCACUCACAGCGCAUGUUCGACUACUUCAAGGACAAGUUCCAGCGUCAGUACAGCGACGAAAGAGAACACGAGGAAAGGCAGCACGCUUUUGUUCAUAACCUCAGGUACGUCCACUCCAAGAACAGAGCAGGGCUGUCCUUCUCUCUGGCUCUCAACUCUCUGUCAGAUCGCACCAUGUCGGAGCUGGCCGCCAUGAGGGGAAGGAAACGAGGAAAGACCCCAAACAGAGGGCUGCCUUUCCCCGCCAAGAUUUACCAAGGGGUGAAAGUACCCGAGUCACUUGACUGGAGGCUUUACGGUGCGGUGACUCCGGUGAAGGACCAGGCCAUCUGCGGCUCCUGCUGGAGCUUCGCCACCACUGGAGCAGUAGAGGGCGCUCUCUUCCUAAAGACGGGCUCCCUGCAGGUCCUGUCUCAGCAGAUGCUGGUGGACUGUUCCUGGGGUUACGGUAAUAACGGCUGUGACGGAGGGGAGGAGUGGAGGGGGUACGAGUGGAUCAUGAAACAUGGAGGCAUCGCUACAACAGAAACCUACGGAGGUUACAUGGGAAUGAACGGAUUUUGCCACAUGAACGCGUCCCAGCUCAUCGCACCGAUCCAAAGCUACACCAACGUGACAUCAGGAGACGCAGACGCCCUCAAGCUGGCGCUCUUUAAAAACGGGCCUGCGGCUGUCAGCAUCGACGCUGCACACCGAUCAUUUGUUUUCUACAGCCACGGUGUCUACUAUGAGCCGGCCUGUGGUAACACCACUGAUGAUCUGGACCACGCUGUGCUUGCUGUGGGAUACGGCUCCCUGAACGGGGAGCCAUACUGGCUGAUAAAGAACUCAUGGUCCACGUACUGGGGCAAUGACGGCUACAUCCUUAUGUCCAUGAAGGACAACAACUGUGGCGUCACCACUGAUGCUACGUAUGUUACAAUGGCAUAGAUUUGUCCAUUUUCUCUAACUGUGCUUUAAAGCCACUAUGUGAGUGCCUGAGGAUGAAUGAAACCUAAUGCUGGAUGUGUUGAGGUGUGAUCAUCACGUCAGACUGAGCUGCUCGAUGAGAAUCACGUGUUAAAUGUUGAAUUAAGAUGCUGCACACAGAACAAGACGCCUUUCAAACAUGGUACAAGUUUAUUGGCUCACAGCUACAAUGCCUUCAUCAUUUCAGUUGUACAAAGUACAGUCUGUGACACAUUUCCACUUGAACCUUUGUAAUUUGUUGCAUUCAAAUUUGAAACAAUAAAAAAUGUAAAGUUUUUUUUUUA